AGGCCGCCACAGCAGAAUUCAGAUAUUUUAUAUGACAAAAAUAUUAUCUCGUUAAUUUCAAUUAAGCCAGACUGAAACUAUUACGAAUGCCAGAAUUAAAUAGGCAUGUAAAUAAAAUGCUACAUUUUGAUGCUUUUUCUGAUUUAUGUAGGAGCAUAGAGUUUGUAGAAUGCAAAGGUAUUUAAUUGGGAAUCCUAAGCUGUAUUCAUACUCUCUACCCCACUAAUAAAUGUCAAAAAACAUUACGAAUGGAAUAUCUGUAAAACAGUUAAUAUAACUUUUUUGCGUCACUUAUGUAUGCAUGCGAUUGUCGCAAUAUGCAUUUUAUGUAUCUACGUACGCAUGUAUGCACGUUGUAUGCUCUUGAGUAAAUACAGAUCCAUAAUUUUAUCUACCUGAGUCUUAUAUUUCAAUUACCCAUAUGCACAUUUAGCGCAACUGUUUAGUGCCUGCAUAAUUCAGUCUGUUUCCUUUUAUUAUGGUACUACAUAGUCUCAUGCUCUGAUCACUGUACUGCCAUUAACCUUUUGGUGCUGUAAUGAGAGCACUAAAGUUUUUCAAAAACGUAAUCCGAAAAGUAAUCCGAAAUUGUAGUCUCGCUUAGAAGUGAGAAAUGGUUUAUCUACAAGGAAUCGUUUACAAUUACUUGUUUGGAGCAAUAUGUUUGUUAUUCAACUUUUUUUAUGGGGGUUUUUGUUGUGAACAACUAUCUUCUAUUUCCUGGAUUCCUGGAGAAUUUGACCGAGUUACAAAAGUUGUGAAUAAUGCUUGGAAACAUUGUCGUGUUCAAAUAACGGAAGAGUGCAGUAAAAACAUUGGAUAUAACCAGUUUUGUGCUGAACAGUUUUGUGAAUUUAAUUAUGAAGAAUUGGAAUCUCUGAAACCCCAAAAACAAUGCCAACCUAUUAUUUAUAGAAAGGUGCUCAUCAAGUAUAUCGAGUAAUGCAAGAGGGAUAAGAGCACUUAUACAUAAAUCAGUCCUAUUUUCAUUAGCCAUCAUCAACAUUCCACUCAUAAUUAUUUAGAACCUGUAAGAUAUUUAUAUAGGUCUAUUUAUGUGCAGUACAAACAUUAUUCUAUUUGUCCAGUC